GAACCGCGGGCAGCCGGCCAGAGGAGCUCAGCUCCGCCCGCAAGAGGACGCUCUGCUCUUCCCUCUCGCUCGCCCUCACGUCCGGUUCCGUCCGCGCUCUCUCUGGCCCCGGAAGUGAAAGGGCCGGCUCUGGACUCCCCGCUGAAGGAUGCAGAGAGCACCGGUGCUGCUGUUCCUCGCCUGGACCUGCUUCCUCUUCUUUUCAGCCAUUGGACUGUUUGGCAGUGGGUUUCUUCUCAUGCGUGUGGAGCUUGCUAACCGCAGCACCUGUGCAGACCUGUUGGUUGCCUCUCACCGCGGGUCUCAAGUGCCUCUUGAUUCCUGUUGGCUGCCACGACGCUUUCCGAAGGCUGUGUUGAUCAUCAUUGAUGCUCUAAAGUUUGAGUUUGCCCAGUAUGAUUCUUCCAAGCGGGCCCCACGGCCCUACGAGAACAAGCUGGGGUUCCUGCACCAGCUGGCCAGCCUACAGCCCCACCACAGCCGACUGUACCGCUUCCGGGCUGACCCACCUACCACCACCAUGCAGCGCAUCAAGGGUAUCACCACAGGUUCCUUGCCCACCUUCAUUGAUGCGGGCAGCAACUUUGCCUCUUACGCCAUUCAGGAGGACAAUCUGAUCUGGCAGCUUGUGCAGAAUGGAAGGAGAGUAGUCUUCAUGGGGGAUGACACUUGGGAUGGACUCUUCCCCAAAACCUUCUUCCGUUCAUACUUCUUCCCUUCAUUCAAUGUGAAGGAUCUUCACACCGUAGAUGAUGGGAUCCUGCAGUAUUUGUACCAGACAGUGGAUGGUGGUGAGUGGGACCUGCUGAUUGCCCACUUCUUGGGUGUGGAUCACUGUGGCCAUAAGCAUGGGCCAGACCACCCUGAGAUGGCCAAGAAGCUCUCCCAGAUGGAUGAAAUGCUCAGGACCCUGGUUGGCCACCUGGCGAAUGACACGCUGCUCCUGGUGGCAGGGGACCACGGCAUGACGGGGACUGGGGACCACGGAGGAGACAGCGAGGAGGAGGUCAACGCCGCCCUCUUUGUGUACAGCAAAGCACUGCUCUUCCGGAGCCCACUGCCUGAGCAGGAACCAGGAACCGUCCCGCAGGUGAACCUGGUCCCCACGCUGGCCCUGCUCUUGGGUGUGCCUGUGCCGUACAGCAACAUUGGGGAAGUGAUGGCUGACCUCUUUGCGGUUGAAGGCGACGCUGUCUCCUCGGCUCUCGCUCAGCUUGCAGCUUACAACAUCAACGCCAGGCAGGUGGACCGCUUCCUCCACUCCUACUCGCUGGCUGCCCGGGACAUCUCGGCCGAGAAGCUGCAGCAUCUCCGAGAGCUCUUUGCUGCUGCGGUGAAGGAGCACGAGUCCCUCUUGGCCCAGGCUGGGCCCCCUGGACUCCCUCAGCUGGAGGGUCUCCAAGGCCGCUUCCAGCGAUACUUGCAGGAGGCCCGGGCUGUGUGUGCGGAGUCCUGGGCCCGCUUCCAUCCGGCCCGCAUGGUGGCUGGCUGCGCGCUCUUGACCUCUGCCUGCCUGCUGUGCUACGUGGCCUCCACGGUGGCCUCGGGCCUGGACUUCUCCUACCGCCGCCUCCUGCUCUACCCCGUGCUCUGGGGCGUGGCGGGGGCCGCCCUGCUGGGCCUGGCUCACCUCUGCGGCUGGGCUGCAGCGGACCUCCUGCUGCUCGCUUCCUGGGCAGCCGCCGCCUCCCAGGGCGGGUUCUUCUGGCAUUGCUGGACCAGGCGGCCUGGGAGGUCCCGUGCGGCCUGGGCCCGGCCCCCGUCUGGGGACACCCGCUUGAGACAGAGGCUGUGGGCGGGACUGGGCCCUGCCCUCCCCUUGGGCCUCCUCUUGGCGCGCUGUGGGGCCAUGCUGUCGGACAGCUUUGUGGUGGCCGAGGCCCAGGUGGCCCCCUUCCUGCUGGGCUCGCUGGCGCUGCUGGUGGUGCUGAGGCUGCACUGGGAGGGCCUGCUGGAGGGCUCGCCCCUCGCCUGGCCGCUGCUGGGGCUGCUGGGCGGCCUCCUGGGCUGCGUGCGCCUCUCCGGGCUGUUCCGGCAGUGCCGGGAGGAGACCCCCUGCUGCCGCUCCUCACACCUGCUGGCCCCGCUGUCCCGCCUGCAGGACCCCCAGGCCAAGAACCUCUACUACCUCCUCUGCCUGGCGGUGUUGGUGGGUCUGGCGUGGGGCCUCCGCUGCUGGCUGCGCCACUACGGCAACCUGAACAGCCCCAGCGCGCCCGUGCUCUUUGUGCGGUGGGGCUUCCCCUUGCUGUCGGUGUGCCUCGGGGGCUCCUGGGCCCUCACUUCCGGGGCCGAGGAGGCUCUGGGGAAGCUCCAGGCGUGGGUGCAGCUGGCUCAGGUGGCCUUCCCCCGAGGCGUCUUUGGCCUGGUGGCUGUGGGGCUCCUGCUGGUCCUCUGGGACCCGGUGACGGUCUUUGUGCAGGACAGCCGGGACCCGGUGCUGCCCGGGGGCCCCCUCGUGUCUCCCAGCUCCCAGGCGGAGCUGCUGCACGUCAUCCCCCAGCUCUACCGCCGGAUGCAGGCGUCUCUGAAGAGCCAGCUGGACGAGGCCAGUGCGGGAGGCAGGGCCACCGUGGCGGCUUACGGGCUGGGCAGCGUCUACUCGGCCGCCCUGCUCAUCUCGCUGGCCCUGCUGGGCUUCCUGCUCAUGGCGCUGCACAGCGAGCGGCUCAGCCUGGCUUUCCUGCUGCUCUUCUGUGAGGGCUUCCUGCUCUUGUGGAUGCACACCUUUGUGGUGGCCCUCGCGCCCCCGGCUGAUCCCUUCACUGUGCCGUGGUUUGCGCCCAUCGCUUGGGCGCUGGCUGCUGCGCAGUUCUUCUACGCCACGGGCCACCAGCCUGUCUUCCCAGCCAUCCACUGGAACGCGGCCUUUGUGGGCUUCCAGCAGGGCCAUGACACCAGCCUGCUGCCGGCCCUCCUGGUCGGGGCCAACACCUUCUCCUCGCACAUCCUCUUUGCAGCCGGCUGUCCCCUGCUUCUCUUGUGGCCAUUUGUCUGCGAAAUGCCUUCCUCCAGGAGCAGGAAGCCAAAGAUGGAGGCCCACAGCAGGGAGGAGCAGAUGAUGGAGAUGCGGCUGCGGGAAGCUCCGGGCAGGUUCUCGGCCGCGCUGCUGCAGCUGGGGCUCCAGUACCUGCUUGUCCUGGGGGUGCAGAUUCUGGCCUGCGUCUUGGCUGCAACCAUCCUCCGGAGGCAUCUGAUGGUGUGGAAGGUGUUUGCCCCAAAGUUCCUCUUUGAAGCCCUGGGCUUUGGGGUGAGCAGCCUCUUCCUCCUGCUGGGCAUCGGCCUGGUGAUGCGGGUGGACUGUGCCCUCAGCCGGUGGUUCCAGCAGGUCAUCCUUGCACAGCCCAGGUAGCCCAAGAGGGAGUCUGGCACGUGGUGCCCCGAGGCUGCUGGCCAUGCUGCGGCUGCCACGAACAAGCCUUGGCUAGCUGCAGCUAGCUGGGACCCGGUUCCCUGUGGGCCAUGUUUCCCCAUCGGGGGCUCCUGCUAGGAAUCAAGGUUCCCAUGUGGGGUUGCCACGGCUGAAAGCCUUUACACACUCCAGGGAGGUGCUGUGACCUCACCUUCUGCUCACAGCUCGUGAGUAGCCAGUGAAUCACUGUGGAAUGAUCCUUUGGGGCUCGGAUUGCCCACGGGUGGGCAGCAAAUCCAGAAGCUGCCCUCCCCCCCCAUUUCAAAGAGAGCUCAAGCAAUCCUUGCUCCCAGCCUCCCCAGCCAAAGGCUGUCGUUGCUGGGGAGCUUGGGAGUUGUCGUCAGCGUCAUCUGGGGAUCGCUGUUACAAGGAACACUGUGCCUGCUUCUUGUGGGGGGACAUCCUUGCUGUUCUCCCUGCCUUUCUCCUUUGUGAGGAGUUGCAUGCCGAGGAGACUGGUGGGUGGGGUGGAGGGUGUCCCUGGCUGCAAAGGAGGAGAGACCCGCCCCCUCUGGAUGAACGGCCAGUGGUUCUUCAGGCAACCAGAGCAAGGCCUGGGCGGGAGACUACCCGCCCCUCCGAAAGGACUCGAUCGCCCGGCAGCUUUCAUGCAGUGCUCCAGAAAACACGAGGCAGGAGGUGGCGCUGCUGGUUUGCCCACAGCACUGGGCAGAGGCUCCUUCUGGGAAGGCCUCCUCAGCCCUUGCCGUGAAAUAGGAUUCCAAGUUCGGAGCCAGGGUUUGUGCUCAUUUCUGCCAGAGCUCAGCAGUUGGUGCUGAAAUCUCAGUGGUCGCUCUGAAGUUGCCUCUCUGAGCUUCAAAUGUCUGGAUUGCGAUUUUUGAAAUGAAAACUUGAAACGGCAAAUUUUCUUCAGCUGUAGUCUGGCAUAGCAACUUCAGUGAUCGUCCAGCUGUGUUAGCUGCUUGGCAGCAGAGCUCUGUCGCCAAAUGCUAGUUACGAGAGGGACAGAAGGGGUCUCAGCCGGUCUCCGUGCUGGCCUUGGACUCCGCUGAGCAGCCUCGAUCCCCGAGUGGUGGCAUCGUCUGGGCCAGAGGUGGCUCCGGCUUCCCUCUCCCCUGCUAGGUUGCUGGAACCUGAGCCCUUGUCCUGUGUCUCAUGGGCUGCUCUGGGGCACUGGACUGAGGGCCGGUGAGAGCAAAGUGGCCCAGCCUGCUCCCUUGGACGGGCAUGGGGAGAGGAGCCAUUCCUCGCUGCAGGUUGCCUGUGUGCCACUCGAGAGCGAAACCAAGAGGCCCAGCAUGAUGACAGACCUAUCCGUCUUCACUGGCUGUUCACACCGGAGCCGUCCCAGGAGCCUGCCUCACUCCAGCUCCGCCCCCCGGUCAACCAUGUGGAGCUGGGCAUUGCUCGGGGUCCUCUGGCAGGGCUCCUGCUGCUCCACUGCCAUCUUGCUGUGUGGAGGCCAGGGACAAGGCGUCUGGUCUCACGUGGGCCUUGGUUUCAGAGAAAUGGAAACAGCGGGCCUUCAAUACUGGAGAAGGGUGUGCUCUUGCUGCAGACAUGGGACCCCAACGGUUCUCUUCAAAGCUUCCGAGGGUCAGCUUUGCACUGAACAAGUGGGAACUCAAGGGAGCAGUUGGCCUGCUGGGUUCUCUUUCCUUAAAUCCAGUGCUGGACGAAGGAGCGGAGCUGGCUUGAGGGGAGAGGCAGCCUUGUGCCGUUGGAGGCUGCUGCUGCUGCUGCAGCUGGGUCCGCCUUUCACUGUGCGCGCCCUGCCUUGCGGCACCUCCGAGUAUGGAGGAUGCAUUCACACUGUGUCAGUAUCUUCCUCGGAUCUCUCUUCCCUUGGUUGGCUUUCUCAGCUGUUACAGGGUAUACAAGCCACAGAAACGAGCCCGCUCUGGUUUCAUGGCGGGGAGAGUCAUUUUUAUAGUGAGUUUACAAAAUACACAGUGAACGGUUUGUGUUGGCUAGAUGCAGCCGCUACUGUAUUCUGUAAAAGCUUGAAAUUCUUCACAGGAGGUAGAUGAUGUUCUUUGCUGCCACCUUCAGUUCCCGGAUGUUUGUGGGGAAACGGACUGGACUGCAUGACCUGGUUCCCUCCCACCUCCUAGUUCUAUGCAUUUCCCUCUCUAAUCUUUUCUUUUUUUGCCUUCAGGGCAGUGCUGGCAAAGUUCUGGGGUUCAAAGCAGGCACCCCCCUCCACAUGCUGCUUCCCCCUGUCCAGGGGCUUUUGCUGCUUCUGCCUUGCUCUAGAAAGGAUUGGUGCCUUAAAGUCCUCUUUCACCAGAGCUUUCACAGUGCCCUGGAAUCUGGUCUUGAGAACCUGAAACAGGGUCCCCCCAAGACACUUCCCUGUCCCCAGUGGCACACAAGCCAAGCACCCCUCCUCUCCCAGUCUUGGAGAGGAUGUUUGGGCAUGCGUCUCUCCUCACAGGUGGCUGCCCCUGAAUGCCUUGCCACCCUCGAGCAACCAUUUUGCUGGCUGGCUCUGUUCUUAAAUCUCCCUCAAAUAGCACUGCACAGUCUUCCAAGUCUGGGUAAUUUCCUUGGGCAAGCCCUGAAACUUAACUUGAAUCUUUUGGGACUCUGAUAUAAACUUCCAUACAUUCAUAAGUGACCAUCUCUGUGUCAAAGUUAAGGCUUCCUGGAGGUGACUUGUCUAAGCAGCAGUUACACCCCUGUCUUCACAGAGGUAGAUCAUCGCCUCAUAAAGCCAGGAGUUUUCCUAAAGAAGACACAGGUUGUGGCCAGGUGAAAGGGGCCCACAGCUGUUGUGGUUUAGAAUUAUACCAUGGUCACCCUCUUAGCUGCCGUUGCAAAAUCGAUUGACCAGUUGAAGUGGUUUUAUUGGAAGAGCCUGAUCCUCCCAGGCAUUUGCCUUCUUGGUCAGAGGCUGGCUAGAGUGCAACUGUGGGCUGCCAGACAAGGCAACAUUUGCCUGUCAUGGCUGGGACGAUGAAUUGUGGGGACUUGCUGUCUGUGGAAGCUCCGGCGCUUGCAGGAAUGCCAUGGUUGGUCUUCCUCGGUGCCCCUGGGCUCUUAGCUGCUUCAGAAGAUUGGUUGAUGUGCUCUUGGCCUUGGCUGCCGUCUGCCCAGCCACUGGUAAUCUCAGAGGCCUGUGCCCCUGUGUCAUUUCCAUUGCCGCCAUCUUGUCUUUUCCCCCAUGAAAAGUUGCAGCAGCUUCUCGAUCAUAUUCUCAUGUGUGUUUUCCUUGUCCUCUUGGCUUGUUGGCGAGGAUUCCAGUUCAUUGCCUUUUUUGCUGAUCUCUGUCUCCUCUCCAUUUGGCAUCCAUUAAGUUCUGGUCAACCUUCUCCCUAAACUGCAGAAGAGUCACUGCUAUUGGUCUGCUGCAGCACACCCUUGUGGCCCUCUGACAAGACUUCACAUGGCAUAGGAGCUUUCGUACACGAAAUCUUCCUUCCGUCUGAAGAAGGGGCUUGCCUACCGGCCCCAAUACAUGCGCUAGUUGUUUUAAAGUGCCAUGAAAUGCCAUCAAACACUGUAGCGUUAGGGAACACAAGUUCCCAGAGCAAUGGCGGCUUGUCUUCAUGAGCCAGGGGGAGGCCAAAGGAGCCCAGCUGGCUCUGCUUCUCAGCAGCUGGUGGGGGGGGGGGUGCUCCCCUGUCCGGCUGCAGGCUGACCAUUCAUCAGGUAGAGCUGCACACUUGACCACACUGCUCUACCUGACGAACGGCCAGCCUGCAGGCAGCGCAGCUCUCAGGCAGGGUGGGAGAAAGAAAGAGGGAGGAAGCUUCCUCUCUGCAACCCCCCAGGUGGCUUGUUGGGACAAGCUGCUCCUGACCCAGAAUUGUUUGUCCUCUCUAAUGUCCCUUGCAAGACCUAUCUGCCAGAGAUGCAGCCAGUUUUAUAUGGAGUGUGGUGGGCCAGCCAAGAGUGGUGGUCAACCGACAGCUGCCUCGUGCUUGGUCUGGCAGGGAUGAUGACGACGCUCUUGUGGGCCAGGCACGGCCUGUGCUCUCUGCCCCCAGAACCAUCGUUGCCUUGGGCCUUAUGUGCCUCUGUACCCUGAACCGCAAAGCUGGGUAUAUUCUGUCCUACCUCUCAAGCUUUAUUAGAGUGGGCGGGGGGGGGAGAGCAUUGGGAGAUAAGCAGCUUCUUGUGAAACAGCUGUGCAGUUUUUUGAAUGUGUCUCUGAAACGAGCCCAAGAACGUCACCAAGCCAUGGAGCAGACGGAUCCCAUUUUGUCCUUUAUGUUGAAAUGUUUGCUCUUUAAGGAGGGAGAAAAGGAGAAAUGGGGGAAUGGAAAACAGGUUUUUAGCUGUAGCAGGUUGAAGGGGGAGAUGUGCCCCAAAGCUGCCUCUGAAGCUGAUGGCUGUAAAUAAAAUGUCUGCCCCAAAGGA